CGUCAAUGUCAGAUGGAGAUGUGAGUGAGCUUCAGCUUCAAUCUAAAAUAUAUUUGGAUUGUAUUGUAUAAAAGUGUUUGCUGUGUGGAAAAAUCGAUUUGUAUUUCAUUUAAAAAAAAAACAUCUUGCUAAAAAUUUACGAUGUUUCGUUUUACAAUUGCAAUAUUAUUAAUAAAUACGUGCUAUCGUAGUUUAGGCAAUCCAAUCGGUACCCACAUAACUGUAUACUCAUUAGAUAAUUCACUCAAAGCUCUUGAAAACCGCUGCGAAAACCAGUUUCUUGUAUCACAAAUUAAGGAGAAGAUUUCGGAAUGCAAUUUCACUGUGCCGCCGUUUAAAAUUAAAGAAAUGCAAUGCUUAAUUUUUUACGAUAUAAAUACCCAACUUUGUGACGCAAUUGGAAGCUCAAAUUUAAUACAGCAAAACGAUUUAUUAAAUAAUUUGCAGAACGUAAUUAAUUUAGACACACUGUGUACGGAUAUUACUAAAGACUGGAAAUUUACAAACUUUACUGAUAUACCUUUGUAUAAAAAUAUAGCUGAAGACGUUUUUAAAAAUAAAAAGCGAUGUGACAAGGUAUGUGAAGUUGCAGAUAUUACAAGUGAUGACAGCAACAACUUUUGUAAAUAUUUCAAAUGGGGGUCAGACACAUUAAAAAUAAUUCAAUCAAGUAUUCACAGCUCACAAAUGAAAGCCGCAAGUAAUGUAAUAGCACCCGCAGUUCCUGUGGUAACCAGUACGGAUACAAAGGUUAUUGAACCUGUUAUUGGUAACACCACAGUUAUUUCAACUACUAAGAACAAUAUUCCAAGCUCAAAUGAUGAAACUAAAGUUGCCAAUGCUGCUAGGCCUGAAACAACAGGAACAAACAUUGUUCAACCUGAAAUCAAAGAACCUAAUCCGAAUUUUGUAGAUCAAAAAACAAAUUCUGAGCUGAAUGCUAUAAAAGUAAAUGAAGGUGUAAAGAAAACAAGUGAACCUGGCAAACCAAAAGUUGAUGAAGAAGUAAAUAAUAGUGAGAAGUCAGUAGUAGCUCAGAAAGAUAAAGUAACGGUUGAAUUGGAUGAUGAAAAAACAAUACUUGAAGAAGAACAACCACCAAAAAAAGUUGACAUUGAAAAAGAAGAUCAAUUGCUAAACAAUCAGAUGAAAGAUAAAGAAUUUAAUGUUGAUGAUGUUGAAGAUGAUAUGGAUUCAGAAGAAGAUGAAAAGCCUGAUCUUCAAGAUAAUUCUGAGAUUAGUAUUGGUCAAGGAGAUAAACAAAAUGUUGAGGAAAAGCCAAAGGAUAACUCUAAAAGUAUUGCUCCAAUAAUAACUUCUUUUGCGGAUAAAUCUUCGGGCGAAUUCAUCUCCAAAAUGCCACAAGAUGAGUUUGAGGAAGAUGACGAUCAUUUCUUCUCAUUUUUCCUGACUGCAGUAAUUAUUGUAGUUCUUCUCUACAUAUUGUAUCACAACAAGAGUAAAUUUACUAAAGUGAUACUAGGUCUGAUUGUGGAAGGUCGUCAGACAGGUCGUCGUAGGAACAGCCGAGGACAUGCUUACCGAAGACUGGACACUCUGGAGCAAGCCAUGAGCACCAACAGUCCAGCACCGCCUAGCAAAAUUAUAUAUUGAACACUUUGUACUAUACAGUCAUAUUUGCGUUAACUCUUUUCUAAUAAGAGUUGGUAGAAAUAUGACAUGUAUCUGGCAACACUACUUUUCUACUAUUCUUCAUACGGAAAGUUCUAAAUAUUCUAGUUCUUAUGUCUAUUUAUGAAAUAUGAAUUAGUAGAAAUGUAUUGGAAAAUGUUUAUGGUCUACUUAAAUAAGACGAGAUCUCUUAAAUGUAGACUGUUAGAGUAGCUUAAAGCUAACUAUGAACUUUUAACACCUUAUUAAAACAGAUAAAGGUAGACAUACACGUACUGCUUCAAGCGGUGUACGGUCUGAAAUUAUAGCUGCUACAAAAUUUUUAGGUCCAUGUAUGUUAAACAUAAACUAUAUCUUGUUUCAAUCCAAACUUUAACCAUAGACAAACUUCUAUGCUAAAA